AUGGAGACAUGGAUACCCGAUCAGUCAACAAGAGAGUUUUACAAAGAUUACGUUGGCAUCAGCGAUCCUCAAGAGUUGAAGGAUCACUUGGAAACCAUUCAACAACAGUUGCUACAGCACGGCCCUCCGUACAAAUGUAUAGAACGGUAUAAAUUUGCUUAUUCGCGGAUGUGUCGUCGUUUCUUUUACGACCAAUUGCUGGAGAUUGGUCGAAACACAAAGGACCCUUGGUUGAUUGAUAUUGGCUGCUGCGCAGGAAUCGAUUUGCGACAAUUACAAUUGGACGGUUAUCCUGGUAAAUACCUGGUGGGCACCGAUAUAUCGCAGUAUUACAUCGAUUACGGUUACGCUUUAUGCAAAGAUCGUGGACGAUUUCCUGCCCAGUUUGAAGUGGGGGACCUCUUUGACGACAGGUUCCUGAGUUGCCAGACAACGGCAUCGCCAGCUGUAUCGAGGCAAGGGCUGAAUCGAUUCGUUCACCAGGCGAUCGCUGUUAUAUCUGGAAGCGUGCUCCACCUUUUCGAUUCAUUGGACACGGUUCAACAGUUCAUUAUCCGGGUCAAAGCCCUGUUGCGUCCUGGCGGUCUGUUUGCUGGUGCCCAUGUGGCUUCCAAUCAAAGUAUGGCGAUUUGGCGAGCGAACCGGGGUUCAACCAAACAGUAUACUGGUAUUGAUGAUUUUCGUCGAAUGCUGGAAAAAGAGCAGUUCACAGAUAUUGUCAUGCAAACCGAAGAGCGAAUGCUGGAGAAUGACGAUGACUUUGGGUCUACCCUUGUUUUUUGGCUGUCUUUCACUGCCAUUUACAAUCCCACCUAA